CCCUUUUCGAAGAAAAUGACACGCCUUUGGCUUCUUUCUACAUAAGACCUGAAUUGAACUCAGCACCGACGAGAAAUGACGAAAAAACACAUGUCAGGUCAUUAUUGGAGAUAUUUAAAACUGGAAAUCAAGCUAACCGAGAAAUACAUGUAAUUGCUGAUGCUGGUCUCGGAAAAACUGCAUUUUCAAACUAUCUUGCGAUCACGUGGUGUCAAGCUCAUUUUCCAGAUGAAGACAUGACUCAAUCAUUUAAAAAGGACGAUAUAGACUGUAUACAGGGAUUUGAUUUCUUAUUUUUGGUCUUACUGCGAGAUUCUAAUGAUUUAUGUUCUAUAGAUGAUCUCAUAUUUAAAAAUAUUGUUUCAAAUUUGGGUCUAGAAGAAAAGCCUUCAGAGGAUUUUCUCCUUAAAAUUUUGAAAAAUGAGAAAUGCCUCGUUGUUCUUGAUGGACUAGAUGAAUGGAUCCACCCCGAAAAGGAAUGUCACAGAUCGCCGAAAUCAAUCCCCCAUAGGAAUGACCGAGAAAAGUGUACAAUACUGACCACCACGCGACCAUGGAAAUUAGGAGUUUUGAACCUAAAUUCGUGUCAAAUAGGAAAAAAGGUAGAACUUACAAAACUAAGUUACGACUCAGCAGUUACACUUACAGAAAGGAUAUUACAAAGAUUGAAAUCUCACCCAAAUAAAGGUGCAUUACAACGUGAUGUCACAGAGUUCAUAUCAGGAAUCAAAAGCAGAGAAAACAAUGAACUUACUUCUGUGCCUCUACUUUUGAUAUAUACAAUUUGUUUAUGGUGUGACGGUGUUCAAAUAGGUAAUUCAAAAUGUGAACUCUAUAUAAACAUAGUAGAGCUGCUCUUAUCAAGAACGAUUCAGAAGCAUGGAGAUCUCCAACAAUUUUGCGUCCUUUCUGAUAGUGAUAUCCCAGAAUGCCUGGCUGAAUAUGAAAACGGUAUGAAAUACUAUACACUCCUGACGUGUUUAGGUAAAUUGGCCUAUUAUACGUUAAUCAAUAAAACAAGAGAAAACACACUGGUAUUUGAUGGAUCAGUUGCUAGAAAAUAUAUCACACCAGACGAGAUGAAAUUCAUCCUUCACUCAGGAAUGUUGUCAGAAAGUACAACAAAAACACUAACAAAAAAGUUUAGUAAAGUAUCGUUUUCUCACAAAACAGUUCAAGAAUUCUUUGCCGCCAUAUUUAUAAGUUCUCAAAGUGACGCUCAGAAAACUGUUGUAGAAAAAUGUAGAAAUGUUCAAGAUAUUCUGGACAUGUCAAAAAUUUGUGAAUUUAUAAGUGGAAUGAAUGCUGACCGGAUGUGUGAAAUAUCAAAUGAUUUGAUGUCUGUGAUAAAUGAAGACGAGAAAACACGUGACUAUAGAACUAGGACAGGUCUCGAGGACUACAUGUACAAUACUCCAUUGUAUAACAUACAGAAAAUGUUCAUGUCGUGUUUACAAGAAAUGCCUGAAAGUGAAAAUAUUCAAUUACAAGAUUUCUUCAUUGGCGAGGACACCGUGGACAGUGAGCUGUUACAACGUUUAUUAAAACAAAAUAAAACCAACAUAAAAUCACUUCAUAUAGACAUCGACGAUACUUCCAGCAGUUUACGUGAAAUUAUAGAUUUAUUCUCUCUCACAGAUCUCAGUCAUAUACAGAAACUUUGCUAUAGUGGCAGCUGGAAGAAGGAGGCUGAGAUAACCCGGAUGUUGUUUCCAAGUUUACAGUACGUUACUUUGUCGUGGGGUACAUGGAUAAAUGAUGAAGAAAAUCUGAGUGAAAAUUUAGCGCGAGUACAAAACUUACAAUAUUUAUAUAUUGAAGACUUCACGUUAUCUCACAAAAUACUGGAAACAUUUUACAAUUUUAUCUCCGCUCAAAAAUCAAUGAAAGAGUUAACAUUGAAGUGGUUAGACUGUAAAGAACAUGGCCGCCAUGAUUGUAAGAGAUUGAACUUGGACUUGUCUCAACAUUCAACUCUAUCAAAGUUAGACUUGUCGGAGUUACCUGGGAGACUACAAUUAAAUAUAACAACACCGUCAUUAGUUAAUGUUACGUUGUCGUGCAUCAAUCUAGAUGAUGAAAGUUCAUUGUUACUGUCACGUGACAUGUUGAAUAUUGAACGUGUGGAGUUGGUGCUGAUAGAAAUGUCUGCAGAAAGUUUACAGAAGUUUAUGACCGUGCUGAAAAAUCUGCCGCAGUCAGUUACAGUAAAGAUGAUCGCCAUUACACCGGAAACAGAAUAUGACCGUGUUAGAGAAAAUAUUCGAAGUUCACAAACUUUUCAUGUGAUACAAGACGGCUGGGGGGGGUUUGAGUUCAAAACAAUAAAACCAAGUAAAGAAUAAACAAAGGAAAAACAUUGUACAAUAAACUUAUGAAAUGACUUCAAUAAAUUUAAAUGAAAACAAUUUAAAAUGGACACUUAGAAAACAAAAUGGCGGUUUCUUAGACUACGUUAUACAUGUACUGUAUAGUUUGAUCAUUUAAUUUACAAACAUUUAUUUCUGUUUAAAGUUAAAUUAAGUGACAGUUGUUUAUGAAUAAAUAAAUAAAAACAUUUUAAGAGGAGAAAUAAUUCAAGGACAUUUUUUACCGGAACUUAAUGGAUAACUUGGAAUUAGGAUUUGGAAAUAUUUUACAGUGGCCUAAUGGAUCAAAAUUUCCGAUUCUUUGUUGUGCAGAAUCUCCCAUGACAUUUUACAUGGAGCAUUGUGUGAUGAUAGAUCAAUUUGUAGAUUUGUAUUUGAAAAACUUCCCAUUGUCUUGAAUAUCAGCUAUAAUAAACCUACAGAGUCAAUGAGGACAAUCACAACUGUUUGGCUUUUUUCCCAUCAAUCUC